GCAGCAGGUUUAUUGCCUUAGAGUACAAUAAAUGUUAUUCAGCCCAGCCAGGCAACUUCCUACACACUUACUACAUUUGUUACACUUACUAUCUGCUUAAAAUCUCCGUCCUACCCCCAGCAUCACCAGAAAGAAAGAAAUAUUAUAUAACACAGGGCAAAUGCCUUCCACUAAUUAAAAUGCCUCUCUCUCGAACCCCCUUGCAUUAUGUACAGAAAAACAAGCAUAAGUAUGACCAUUUGCGCAACAUAAGCCCCAGAUUUCUAAUCGACAACCUAUAUAUACAGUACAGAUAUGGGAGCUCGUCAUUCUGGUAUAUUAUUAAUAAAAUAGAAAGUAAAUGAUACUGGCUUGAAUAAAAUGCUACCCAUGGAGUACACUGGGGUGUUCUAUUUAUUUUUGUUUUACUUUUUAUUUUAAUAUGGAUGUAAAAAUAAAAUCCAUAAACGAUUUUAUUGGCCAGUGUGGCCAAUCGCUCUAUUUCGCUUGGUUCGAAAUAGUAAGAAUAAGUCGAAAACGAUCGUAAUGUGCCGUAAAUCUGAUGCCCAACCAUAAACUCUGGGCGCAAUGGAGGCUGAGCAGAUAGGUAAAUCCAUUUGCGCCUUGCGCUGAGCGCUCAGACCUGCGGCCACCGUACCCCCCAAUUAUACUGUAUAUCCGCUCAGCUUCUCACCCCGGGGUGGAUAUUAUGGGGGGGGGGGGGGGAUUUUUAUUUGUUUCUCACCCCCAGGUGACUAUUUUGUUGAGAAAGCCAACAACAAACUCCUCACACUACAGGGAAACUUUGCCAAAUAAAAUGAGUCCCCAGCCCUGUGAUCUCCCGAGCAGAACUGCGCGCAAAGGGCCACUGAUUCCCUUCCGUGAUCAAAACACAGACAUUGAUUACAGACUUGGGAUCUGGAGAUCCUGGGGCAGAUAACAGAUCAGAGGGUUGAGAUACAGACAGAGGGGGUAAUAAAGAAAGACAGAAGCCUGGUGCCCACUCGGUAUAAAUGGCACUUGGUGCUUAGGGCUGGGGGGUCCCGGUGUGUUGGGGUUACACUGGGUUAUUAUUUAGCUGAGAUACAUGGCAGUCAAGGUGGCUACACGCCUCCUAUUUAGGUGUGAACUUAUUCAUGAUUAAACAGAUCAUCACGGUCAAGCUAAUUUUAAUUAAUAUAGCAAUUUAUGGAUCACAAAGGCAAUUAUUACUACGCGCAAUUAAUUUCCUGAGAGCAUCAAGUUAAAUAAAAGCGUCCUUACUUUUACUGGGGAAAAUAAAAAAUGAAACGGCUCCUCCAACCAGUGAGAUCCUUAUCCAUAAUUAGGCGACCAUUACAAUUAAAGAGUGGUAGUUGAUAGAAUAUAGAUGUAAAAUUUUAGUAAAUAGUCAAAAUCAUUGACCUACAAGAGCCAUAGUGGCGCAGCCAUGUUCAGCAGGUGCUCUACCACCCAACUGGCACCAGGUGACGCUGUGGUCUCAUUGUCUUCUUUUCCAACUUGGGGCCUUCGGUUUGUUCCGCCAACAUAUCAGAUACGUUUCACAGGCUUCCAUCAAUAACCUCCUGGGGUCAUCAAGCCAAAUUUAUGACUGGCCAACAGAAUCACGUGAUUCUAUUUAAACAUCCCAUAUUUGGGCAGAGCACAUAGAAUAAAGAAAGAGGAAUCCCCAGCUAUAAAUUCUGCACUUUAGAGAACAAAACCCCUGAACUUCAAAGGGCCACAAAUCAACCAUAAUCAAAGGGUGAAAAAAACUAAUAAUAACAAUAAUCAGCCAUGAGUUCGUACGUAGCCAAUUCAUUCUAUAAGCAAAGUCAAAAUGUUCCAGCCUAUUCCAUGCAAAGUUAUGGGAAUUAUGGAUCUGUAUCCGAGGUCCCUUCAUCCAGGUAUUGCUACAGUGGGUUGGAUCUGAGCAUUACAUUCCCUUCUCCUGGUUCCUCUAACUCUCUGAGCGCUCUGGACAUGCCUUCAAACCCAAAUGCUAACUCUGAGCGGCCUUCCUGCACUGUUAUGGGUUCUUCUGGGCACACUGUGGGAAGAGGAGAACAGAGUGCACUCAACUCUGGGAUUUACAAUCAGAAAGCUGCGACUACAUCGCUGGAGGAGAGAUCUAAAGGGAUUGAGAGCAUCAAAACUGAGCCGGCACAGAGCACUCCACAAGGUGGGCAACCCCAGCAGCAGCAGCAGCAGCAGCCACCACAAAUAUAUCCUUGGAUGACCAAACUGCACAUGAGCCAUGAAACGGACGGGAAGCGUUCCCGGACAAGUUACACUCGAUACCAGACCCUGGAGCUGGAGAAGGAAUUCCACUUUAAUAGAUACCUGACUCGCCGAAGGCGCAUAGAGAUCGCCAACAACCUCUGUCUAAACGAAAGGCAGAUCAAAAUUUGGUUCCAGAACCGACGGAUGAAAUGGAAGAAAGAUACAAAAGUCAAGAGCAAAGACUCCAUGUAAAGGAGCAGAGACCGGAGGAGGCAGAUAUUCAACCUUAGUUUUGUUACAUCUACUUUAUGAAACUUUCUGCUUUUUGUGUGAGGGGAGAUCCAGGGAAGAGAUCGAGUCCACAGGGAUCCAAAAGUCAUUUGUAAGGAUCUAAGGCCCUAAUGUAAUAUAUGGCGCCCACUCAUACUCUUUUUAUUUCCCAAACAAAAUAGUGUAUAGACCUGUAUUUUGUCCAUUAAGUGUUCUGUUUUGACCAAUUUUGUUUAAAGAAAAACUCUGGAAAAAUUGUCUUGGUAACACCCUGCUCCAUGUAAUUUCCCGAGCGGCAUUGUAUUAGACUUGCAAGCUGUCUGGGGUCAAAGAGAGUUCUUUUGGGGGAGAAAAUGCUAAUUGAGAUCUUUAGGCUGAAGAGGGCAGGGAAAGUGUGGCUGUAUUAUAUUGUGCUUACUAUAAUAGGGGUCAUAGAUUUAAUGGCCGGUUAGAUAUGGAAAUAUAUUAAAAACGAGGAGAAGAGGUUCUUAAGUUAAACUUCUCCAUUCGUUCCAUCCAAAUGGAAUAGACCGGAGUGUGUGUACAAUCCACACAUUAAUCAUUUCAUGCACUUGUAAUAGUCUUUUCAUAUUAUACACACUAUGAAGUGAAUUUGUUUUUCCUACCAUGUUAUGUUUCAGUAGCUGUUGCUUAUGUUACAAAAAAAAAAGAACUGGGGGAACAUAAAAGCACCAGUUGUUUUGAGUAUCAUAAGUUGAUUUCGUCCAUACACUUUGAUAUCAUUUGAUAUUAUUUGUUUUGGAAGUGUUUGUGUGCUGAUCUUAUUGGCAUGUUGGAGAAACAAAAAAAAUAGGAAACUGAUAAAAUUGUUUUAAUGUGUAAUUUAUUUUAUUUUUAUUUUUGCGAAAGUAAUGCUGAAAGCGUCUAAAAACAGUUUGUACAUCAUCGUUUUAAUAUAAUCCUUUCUAGUCAGUUUUAUCCGAAAAUGUACUGCAUAUAUUUAUUGGUUGCAAUUUCAUAUGUGAAAAAUCAUGGAACCUAUAUUUUGUCAUAUUGAAUAAACAGCAAGUAAUAUAACAAGGGCAAUGGCAACAUGUGCAUUUCUUUCUAAGUUGUGGGCCAGUGCAAAGAAACGAAUCUUAUUUAGGGAGCUGCCCCAGUUUAAAGGGAAUUUGUAUCUUAUCAAUGAUAAAUAAUCCAGUCUGCUGUCACCGUCAUGUCUUUUUCGUUUAUAUUAAACUGUAUAUUUCAGAAGGGGAAACAGACACAACAUGUAAAGGAAAAAGCAAAUCUGAAUGUUUGCCACUUGUUUAGGGGAGGCUUUCUAUGGAGUUAAAUAAAGUCACUUUCUGAUUA